AUGCACCAGACUGGCGAUCUGCAACCAGAGGACUUGUAUCGCGCCUCUUACCAGAAAAUUUAUGAAAUGAAUUGCAUCAUCAGGAAUUGUCCAGGGCGGCCGUCGAAUGUUGAUCUUGAGGUUGAUCCUCGACAGGGCACAGUACUUUUUGGUAGUACUGCGGCAAAAUGGGGGUUCUCUCUCACUGACUUUACUGACUUGCAUGAUGCUGAACUGGCUGUCGAGAAAGGUGACCUCAGAAAACACUUAUGGGGAGACUUCACCUUUGAUGCUUCAAGUAAGAAGUGGACGUCGAUUGAUGAGUCAAGCAACCAGAGCGUACGGCGCGCUUUCAAUCAAUUCAUUAUAGCACCCAUACUCGAGAUUCGCUCCGCCGUUGUCGCUGCUCCUGCUGAUCCGGAGCCUUUGGCAUCUAUUCUCACAAGACUCGACGUCAAAAUGCAAGAACAAGAUGAGACAAAACAUGGUCGAGAGCUGUUCAAUGCCAUAAUGCGAGCUUAUCUGCCAAUCGGAAAGGCGCUCAUGACGGUAAUUCGUCAAAUGCCCUCUCCUGUCGAAGCUCAGAUGUACCGAGCAGCUUGUCUGUAUAGUGGCCCUUUGCAGGAUGAUGCUGCAGUAGGGCUGAGGCAAUGUGAUCCCGAGGCGCCAUUGUUGAUCUAUGCUACCCAAUUUGUGCCGGCAACAGGGUCAAGAGAUAAAUUGUUCCUGCUUGGGCGUAUAUUCGCGGGCAAAUUAUCGGCUGGUCAAGACGUCCGUAUCCAUGGACCUGGUCAUCGACACGGGGCAAAGCCAGCGCUCUACAUAAAGCCCGUUGGCGACAUCUUUACACCAGCCACUGGCAAAGGGAACGUCAUCAGUCCAGUUAAGGGAGCCUCCGCCGGGGACCUGGUUUUUCUUUCCGACCUCAGCGGGCUCAUUCAAAGAUCGGGAACCAUCUCUGGCAGUCCGCAAACGCACAAUAUACGGGACAUGUAUUACCUUCAACCUACCAUACAGUACAUUGUCGACGUCACAGUUCCGGAAAGGCUUCCGGAUCUAGUGGCAGGUCUCGCCUUUUUAUGCAAGACCGACCAACUGUUUGAAUCGUCCAAUACAUCGUCCGGUCAGAACCGUAUCUUCGCGUCAGAUGCGAGCCAAGUUGAGGCUGGCCUCCAAACUUUACGAAGCUUCGCAAAUGACCCAUUGGUAGUUGAGGGGCCACUUCCUCUGUACCGGGAGACUAUUACUGCUGGGUCAAGCAAAACGGCACUUUCCAAGAGUCCAAACAAGUUCAACCGGUUCUACGCCUCCGCCGCGCCGCUAGACGAAGACUUCACAUCCGCGAUUGAAGCAGGCGUCAUAUCGCCCCUACAAGAGGCUAAGUUGCGAGCAGCCACGUUGCGCGAGGAAUUUUCUUGGGAGGAGAAAGCUGCCCAGAAGAUAUGGGCUUUUGGCCCUGGCAGCACUGGUCCCAAUGUUGUCGUCGACGUUACCAGAGCCGUCCAGUUCUUGCAUGAGAUUCGGGACUCUUUUGUGUCGGGAUUCCAGUGGGCUUCGGCAGAGGGACCACUGGCAGGUGAGCGAUUGCGCGGAUUGAGGCUCAAUAUAGAGGAUGUGACUUUAUUCAGUGAUGCUAUCCAUCGUGGUGGAGGCCAGAUUAUCCCCACAGCAAGAAGAGUGACAUUUGCGUCGAUGCUGUUGGCGAAACCAAUACUGGUGGAACCAAAGUACCUCGUCCAAGUGCAAACGCCGGAACCACAUGUUGGCACGGUUCGCAGCGCCAUCAGUCAAACAGGAGGAAUCUUCUGUGGUACAUCUUCUCACGGCGACCACUUGUUGGGCAAGGUCUGGAACGCUGCUAUUGUUCAAGCGUACAUGCCUCUCGAGGCUAGACUGAAGCUCGAAGUGGUUCUUCAGCGAGAUCCGAAAUUGUCUCAACAUGUGUCUAUUGAGUCUGUGCAAGCGGGCUGGCAGGCAGCAGCAGAAGGUGACCCCUUAGACAAGACUUCUGAGGCCGGCAAGCUCGUACUCGAGCUACGCAAAAAGAACGGGCUGUCACCCGAAAUAGACAUAACAAAUUACCUCGACAAGCUCUAG